AAAUGAAUAUGCAUAACAAGAAGAGUAUAUAAACUGUGUAUCUGACCAAUAACUUAGCAUACCACAAGCAUUCAACUUUGUGUUUAUCUCAUUCUUCCCAUGUUGGACUGCAUGAAAAGGAUCUGAAGCAGCACAGACGGAACAACAGGGCAAAUAAGAGAAGAAUUAUGUAUCUUCUAUGGCCUCUACUGUUUCUUCAUGUUUCAGCACAACGUUGGACGCUGUUUGCACAGUCAAAAAAAAUUACAUACAGCACCUUUCAUCUUUUGUCACUGGAUGAAGAUGACCGACCAAAGCAGCCAACACAGGAGGGCAGCAUAAGAUUGGUGGGGGAUCAUCCUUCAUCUGGUCGUGUGGAGAUUUAUCAUGAUGGACAGUGGGGUACAGUUUGUGAUGACGGAUGGGACCUGGCCGAAGCACAAGUGGUGUGUCAUCAGAUGGGUUUUCCUGGAGCGAAAAUAGUUACACCUGGAGGACAAUAUGGUGAAGGUUCUGGUCCAAUCUGGCUGGAUGACAUGAACUGUAAAGGCUCUGAGAGCUCAUUGUCUGAAUGCAGAUUCAAAGGCUGGGGUGUUACUGACUGCACACAUAAAGAGGAUGCAGGAGUGGUCUGUGAGAAUGGUACAAACAUAACCAGCAAUCGUCAGUUCUCUGUGGAUAACAGUUUGGGUUUGUCUGAUGAUCUUGGUCUUCUGUUUGAUAGUGGAGAUGGUUGUGAUUUCAGCAUUAAUGUACGAGACCUCAGUGAAAAGGCGGAGUUGACGUUUUGUGUGCACCGUUUGAUUCUCAUGAUUUAUCCAGAACUAAACAUAACAAAUGAGUCCAGAAACCUCACAGUGGAUGUCAGCCAGACGUGCCAUCUUCAUGUCUCUGCUUUUCUCAGGUAUUUGUACACACGUCAGAUUGAUGUUUCCAUCACAUCAGCUCAAUGUCUCCAUCAGCUGGCAUUUAUCUUUGGAGUGAAGAAGCUUAUGGAGGAUGUUGGCAGGGUCUUCACUUUACUCAUUCCUGAAGACAACACCUUCCGGACACAGGUAUCCUUGUACGAGUAUGGCGUCCGCACAGGUGACCUUGUUCUGCAGGAAAAUGUCCUUCAGUAUCUUUCCUGGAACUGUGAGUUCCUCAUAAGCUCUCCGGUGUGGAGCACCAUCUCCUUUCACAUGAUGGACGCUCUGCUGCAGCGCUCAGACCUGGUUGUGGAGGAUGAAGCUUUACUUCUUGAAGCUCUGGAGAGAUGGAUCCAAGACAAAGGUGAUGAAAUUAGUUCAGAACAACAGGCCAGCCUCCUGAAUCACAUCCGCUUCCUCUUGAUCCCAGUGGAUAAACUGUAUGAAAUGCAGUUUUCCUCAAGUGUUCUCCAUCAGAAUCAUGAGAAACUUUACCUAAAUGGUCUGCUCAGAGGUUUUCAGUUCAAUGCUCUAAAUUUCUCUAAGAUCAGGAGUAAAAUGGAAAACAUGAAUGAUUAUCUACCCAGAAUCUACACUGCUGAUGAGUGGAGUCUACAUGUAGUUAUCAAUAAAACAAGCAUCAAUUACCAUGGAAAAAAUAACAGAUUCCAAACCUUCUCCACUCCUGCACACCCUAGUGCUCUUUACAAAGAGCAGAAGGUCCGGUGGCGAGCACAGGUUUUUCUUAGUGUUUAGGAAUGCUCUAACUAUGGUGUUUCAUGUAAUUCUGUUCCUGUUGCAAGGUUCCUCGCAAGUGGCAAUCAGUACAUUUACGCUAACACCAUUCGCUUCAGCAACAGGUUAAUUCUCACCUGUAAGAGUCAAAACAAUGUCUUUCAUGUCCAGUACUUCAAAAACGACAAGGCAGUGAUUCCAAAUAACACCAGUAUGGGUCUGCCUAACCCCUGCCCUAAUGACUACAGUUUUAGAUUUGUAGUGUGUCCAGAGUAUAUCUGACUGCACUGAGUUACAUUUGGCUACAGGUAGUUUACUACAGGCAUUUCAGUCCAAUCAAAUCUAUUAGCUUCAAUCAAGCCUCUUUUUAAAAAUACAUGUUAUUCAUUUAUAAUCUUGAAUUUUCUUGGUUUGACUGAAAUGUUUCACUUGACUUUAAAAUUUUCAUUUAAUUGUUUUAGCAAUAAAAAUACAUAAUUUUGCAAGUGCACUUAAAAAUACAAAUAUGUUUCUUUCAAUAUCUCUGGUGUUUGAUUCCAUUUAUUGUUGAAAUGUUUCUGAAAUAUGUCAGGUCUUCACCAUAAUUGAAUUAAUCAAUUAAAAUCAGUUUAUCAAGCCUUAGAUAAGACACGUAUUGAUUCAUUAUAUUGUGGUCAAAAAGAAAUUUGUUGGCCAGGUGUCCACUGGUUUAGUAAGGCCCACUCUGUUAGGAUUGAGAAGAAAAAGUAGACCAUAAAAAAGUGAAGGGUGCAGUACCACACUGACUACACAUAUACUUUAGAACAGUGGUUUCCAACCACAUUCCUGGAGGCCCACCAACACUGCACAUUUUGUAUGUCUCCUCAAUCAAACACACCUGAUUAAGGUUACCAGCUCAUUAGUGACUCAAAGAUCUAAAAUGGUUGUGUCAGACAAAGGAGACAUGCAAAAUAUGCAGUGUUGGUAAGCCUCCAGGAAUGUGGUUGGGAAACACUGCAAGUCAAACAUGAGACUUCAUGAAAUGUUUUAUUAUUUACAAUAUAAACUGAGUUCACCUAGGGUGUAUUCCAGAAAGCAAGGUUAACUUACUGUGACAUAGACCCUGAACUCUCGGUUAAUAAGGUUAAUAAAGUUAGCAGCCAGAAAAAUGGAGCGCAGCUGGAAGAAAUCAAAACUAGAAGUAUUUCGUAUUUCGUGGAGAGAGAGAAUGAUUGAGUACAGAAAGGCCUUAAAAUCUGCUAGAUCUGCCUAUUUUUCAAAACUCUUAGAAGAAAAUAAACACAACCCUAGGUAUUUAUUUGAUACAGUGGCUAAAUUAACAAGAAAUAAAGCUUCAACUUCUGAUGUUUCCAAAGAGCACAGCAGUAAUGACUUUAUGAACUUCUUUACUUGCAAGAUUGAUAAUAUUAGAGAAAAAAUAAUAACCAUGCAACCGUCUACUACAGUAUCGUGUCAGAUAGUGCAUUGUAGUGUCCCUGAGGAAAAAUUCAAUUCAUUUACUGCUUUAGGAGAGGAAGAAUUGUCUAAACUUGUUAAAUCAUCAAAAUCAACAACAUGUAUGUUAGACCCUAUACCGACUAAGCUAUUGAAAGAAAUGCUUCCAGAGGUCAUAGACCCUCUUCUCAAUAUCGUCAAUUCAUCUUUAUCAUUAGGAUACGUACCAAAAACUUUUAAGCUGGCUAUUAUUAAACCUCUUAUUAAAAAACCACAACUUGAUCCUAGAGAAUUAGUCAAUUACAGGCCGAUCUCAAAUCUCACUUUUCUGUCAAAAAUACUAGAAAAGGCAGUAUCAUCACAGCUAUGUUCCUUUUUAGAAAGAAAUGGUAUCUGUGAGGAUUUCCAGUCAGGAUUUAGACCGUACCAUAGUACUGAGACUGCUCUCAUUAGAGUUACUAAUGAUUUGCUCUUAUCAUCAGAUCGUGGUUGUAUCUCUCUAUUAGUGUCACUGGAUCUUAGUGCAGCAUUUGACACUAUUGAUCACAAUAUUCUUUUAAAUAGACUCGAAAAUUAUGUUGGCAUUAGUGGAAUUGCAUUGUCAUGGUUCAAAUCAUACUUAUCUGACCGUUAUCAGUUUGUAGUAGUAAACGAAGACAUGUCAUAUCGAUCACAAGUUCAAUAUGGAGUACCACAAGGCUCAGUACUAGGACCGUUACUGUUCACUCUGUACAUGCUACCCUUGGGAGAUAUCAUUAGGAAGCAUGGCGUUAGUUUUCAUUGUUACGCUGAUGAUACUCAGCUCUAUAUUUCUUCGCGCCCUGACGAAACUUACCAAUUCACAAAAUUAACGGAAUGCAUAGCUGAUAUAAAAAAUUGGAUGACCAGUAAUUUCCUACUACUAAAUUCAGAAAAACAGAGAUUCUAAUUUUUGGACCAAAAACUUCUUCACGUAAUAACCUAGAAUAUUGUCUAACACUUGAUGGCUGCUCUGUUAAGUCUUCGUCGUCAGUUAGGAACCUGGGUGUGCUCUUUGAUACCAAUCUUUCAUUUGAAGGCCAUGUUACUAGCAUCUGUAAAACCGCAUUCUUCCAUCUUAAAAAUAUAUCUAAACUACGACAUAUGCUCUCAAUGAAAAAUGCAGAACAGUUAGUUCAUGCGUUCAUGACCUCAAGGCUAGAUUACUGUAAUGCUCUACUGGGUGGUUGUUCUGCUCGCCUGAUAAAUAAACUACAGCUCGUACAAAAUGCAGCAGCUAGAGUUCUUACUAGAACCAGGAAGUAUGACCAUAUUAGCCCAGUUCUGUCAACACUGCAUUGGCUUCCUGUUAAACAUCGUAUAGAUUUUAAAAUCUUGCUAAUUACUUACAAAGCACUAAAUGGUUUAGCUCCCCAGUACCUGAGCGAGCUCCUAAUUCAUUAUAGACCUUCACGUCUAUUGCGAUCUCAGAAUUCAGGCCAGCUGAUAAUACCUAGAAUAUCAAAAUCAACCGCAGGUGGUAGAUCCUUCUCCUAUUUGGCACCUAAACUCUGGAACAAUCUUCCUAGCAUUGUUCGGGAAGCAGACACACUCUGUCAGUUUAAAUCUAGACUAAAAACGCAUCUCUUUAACCUGGCAUAUACAUAACACAUUACCAAUUUAUAUUUCCAAAUCCGUUAAAGGAUUAUUAGGCUGCAUAAAUUAGGUCAGCCGGAACCGGGAACACUUCCUAUAACACCUGAUGUACUCGUUACAUCAGAAGAAGAAUGGCAUCUACGCUAAUAUUAGUCUUUCUGUUUAUCCCGAGGUUCACCGUAGUCAACCGGAUCCGGGCCGUAUCCAGGUGAGACCAAGGACCUGCACCUUGACACGACCACAACGCAGCCCUGAAGUAUCAGCAGAGAUUGAGUCAACUAGAUCAUCCCCUGUGAAGGCCUCAUCGACACGACAGCCACGACACAGUUCCUCAACAACCGUCCAUACCGGCGUGAUGAAUACGAUCCUCAAUUGGAUGGAACUGAAAUAAAUACUUUUAAUGUUGCGAUCCUAUUGGACUUAUGAUAGCAACCUGAAUUGUAACAAAGCACUGUUGGCCAGAGGAGAACUGGCACCCCGACUAAGCCUGGUUUCUCCCAAGGUUUUUUUCUCCAUUUUAACACCAAUUUGCCACUUGUCUGCCACCUGAUGUCACCUCAUGGAGUUUGGGUUCCUUGCCGCUGUCGCCUCUGGCUUGCUUAGUUGGGGACACUUGACUUGACAUUUGAUAUUCAACAGUGCUUUGAUCUGCCUGCAUUGACACUAUUCUUUAAGAGCUGCUGUGCAGCCAAACAAUGUACCAGUUAUCAAUGUAAAGCUGCUUUGACACAAUGUACAUUGUAAAAAGCGCUAUAUAAAUAAAGGUGACUUGACUUGACUUGA